GCCCUGAGAUGGCGGCGGUGGCGGCGGGCGCGUCGGGCUCAGCGGCCGGCGCGGCCCCUCAGCAGCAACCGCCGCCUCAGCAGCAGUCGCAGCCGACAGCGGGCGGCGCGGCGGGUGCCGGGGAAGCGGGCGGUGGAGGCGGCGGGGGAGCGGGUGGAGGAGGUGGCGGUGGCGGCGGCGCUGGGCCCGCACCGGGGUCGGGGUCGGGCGGCGGCGCGGCCGGGGGGGAGUCGUGGUACCUGGCGCUGCUGGGCCUGGCCGAGCACUUCCGUACGUCCAGCCCGCCCAAGGUGCGGCUCUGCGUGCACUGCCUGCAGGCCGUGCUGCCCCGCAAGCCCCCGGCCCGCAUGGAGGCCCGCACCCACCUCCAGCUCGGCUCCGUCCUCUACCACCACACCCGCAACGGCGACCAGGCCCGAGGGCACCUGGAGAAGGCGUGGUUGAUAUCCCAGCAAAUUCCCCAGUUUGAAGAUGUUAAGUUUGAGGCUGCCAGCCUUCUGUCCGAGCUGUAUUGUCAGGAGAAUUCAGUGGAUACAGCAAAACCUCUGUUACGUAAAGCCAUCCAGAUCUCCCAGCAGACUCCCUACUGGCACUGUCGAUUGCUUUUUCAACUUGCACAACUACAUACACUUGAAAAAGAUUUAGUAUCUGCAUGUGACCUUCUCGGAGUUGGAGCAGAAUACGCUCGGGUGGUAGGGUCAGAGUACACCAGAGCGCUGUUUCUGCUAAGCAAGGGGAUGCUCCUUCUCAUGGAACGGAAGCUGCAGGAGGUGCACCCUCUCCUUACUCUCUGCGGGCAGAUAGUGGAGAACUGGCAAGGAAACCCCAUCCAGAAGGAGUCGUUGCGCGUGUUCUUCCUGGUCCUGCAGGUCACACAUUACCUGGAUGCGGGGCAGGUGAAGAGCGUGAAGCCGUGCCUGAAGCAGCUCCAGCAGUGCAUCCAGACCAUCUCCACCCUGCACGACGACGAAAUCCUGCCCAGCAACCCCGCCGACCUCUUCCACUGGCUGCCCAAGGAGCACAUGUGUGUCCUCGUCUACUUGGUGACGGUGAUGCAUUCCAUGCAGGCGGGAUACCUGGAGAAGGCUCAGAAGUACACAGACAAAGCCCUCAUGCAGCUGGAGAAGCUAAAAAUGCUGGACUGCAGUCCCAUCCUGUCGUCUUUCCAAGUGAUUUUGUUGGAACACAUCAUCAUGUGCCGGCUCGUCACGGGACACAAAGCCACAGCGUUGCAGGAGAUUUCACAAGUCUGUCAGCUCUGCCAGCAGUCCCCCAGGCUCUUCUCCAACCACGCUGCGCAGCUGCACACACUAUUAGGGCUCUACUGCAUUUCUGUUAAUUGCAUGGACAACGCAGAAGCACAAUUUACUACAGCACUGAGGCUCACUACACAUCAGGAGCUGUGGGCAUUUAUCGUGACAAACCUGGCCAGCGUGUACAUCAGGGAAGGCAACCGGCAUCAAGAGCUUUACAGCUUAUUGGAAAGGAUAAAUCCGGACCAUAAUUUCCCUGUGAGCUCCCACUGCCUUCGAGCGGCCGCUUUCUACAUCCGAGGCCUGUUCUCCUUCUUUCAAGGAAGAUACAACGAGGCCAAGCGAUUUCUGCGAGAGACGCUGAAAAUGUCCAAUGCUGAAGACUUGAACCGGUUGACGGCGUGUUCCCUCGUGCUCCUGGGUCACAUAUUCUACGUGUUGGGGAACCACAGGGAAAGUAAUAACAUGGUGGUACCGGCCAUGCAGCUCGCGAGCAAGAUCCCAGACAUGUCUGUGCAGCUCUGGUCCUCGGCUCUGCUGAGAGACCUGAACAAAGCCUGCGGGAACGCCAUGGACGCGCACGAGGCGGCGCAGAUGCAUCAGAACUUCUCCCAGCAGCUCCUGCAGGACCACAUCGAGGCGUGCAGCCUGCCAGAACACAACCUCAUCACGUGGACAGAUGGACCACCUCCUGUACAGUUCCAGGCACAGAACGGACCCACCACCAGCCUGGCCAGUCUCCUGUGAAACAGAAUUAACUAUCAGGACAGUGUGUUUAAAAAAAGAAAGAAAGAGGAAAAAAAAAAAAAAAAAGAGAAA